UUUAAAAAUUUGAACCAAGCAAUUAAAACGUAAACAUAAUGCAACCCGAUUUGAACUCGAUUUGAACGGCUAUACUACUACGAGUCUACAAUAGUAACAUGAAUGACCCGUGCACCCCUCUAACCCUCCAACGUUAAUCCGCAACGUCCACUCCUCCACGGCCCACGUUUUCAAAGCUUCCCUCCCAAACCAAUAAAUCCAAAAAAAUUCAACAUUUCAAAAAAAAUGCCAUCUUUCUGAUUUUCAAUUUCUUUCCAGAACUCAACGUUACAAAAUCUCUUCCUAUCCUUCAAUUAUUACAACAACAUUAAUUCAUUCCUUCAUUCAAAUUCAAUUCAACCUCAUUUUCGCUUCAAUUCAUGGAAGCCGCCGAAGCCGAAACAGAGGCGGCUUUCAAGCCGGCUCAUUUGGUAACUUUCUCUCCAACACCCUCUUCAACACUCAACAAUCGCCGUCUCUCAAGCCAAUUCUCCAAACCGAGUAGCCCAAUUCGAGCCGGCUCAACAAAGAAGAAGACUUUGGCUUGGGUUUCUCUCCAAGGUCGGCUCGUUGAAGCCGAUGAAGCUACCUCGGCUCAAGCCAUUGGCGGCGGCUUAAGCCGAGAAGAAGCCGUGGGGUGGGAACUCUUUAUCUUUAUUCAUCGUGUUCUCAUUGUUGCUGUUGCUGCUGCUAAAUGUGAGAAGAAUCAUCAGAUUUUACAACUUAGAAAAUGUGUUCAACUCAGGGAUGAUAUAUUGAUGAGCAUGCAGCAAAAGCUUGAUGAUUUGUGUGAGCAAAUGAAUUCUAUGAAAGAUCAGCCUCAAGCAGUAGUUGAUUUGUCGGCGCCCAAGAUAAUGGAUUUUUCAUCUAGAAGAUCAUCUUUGGCCAGCAAAUCUGGUUCUAUGUGCAGAGACUGUUGGUUCUGUGAUCAACGCCGAGCUGAGUUUAAUGAUAUUUCAAUGAGACUCUAUUAUAUGCCCCUUUUGUUGCAAAAUAUUUCCUAGUGGUAGUUCACAGCAUGCACAUACACAUACAAACACAGAAAAAGAUAGGUUAAGGAAAUAGAUUUUUGUGUUCUUCAGACGUGUUAGAAUCUAAAUUUGACUUGCUUGUAAUGUACCAGGGAAACUCACUUGUGAAAGCUGCUAGUGGUGAUGAGAUGUUUAAAAAUAGGCUCUCUCUAUUUCUAAUGAAGCAGAACAGGAGGAACGUCUUAUGUCAGAUUUGUCUGAUUGGGCUUCAAGUGUCACUUCAGUGGCAGAUAUACAACCGAAUAACUUAGCAAUAGAGCAAGAUACUUAUAAUCUCAAGAGGGAAUGUGAAGAAAAGGAUGCUGCUAUAAAGGAGCUUUCUUCUUUUAUUCGUUCAAAAGAUGUUGUCACUUCUAAAAGAAUUGAAGAACUUGAAGAGGUUAUUCGUCGAAAAUGCACAAUUAUUACUAAGUUGAAAAAGGACUUGAUUGUUCUGGAACAGAAAGUGGUGAACUCAACAAGAGCCAAAAGGCGGUCAUUCUCUGGGUCGAGCUUGGAUAAGAAACAACAACCUACAAUGUCAGAUAAUCUGCGUUAUGAUAUGGAUAGUCCUUUAUCUUAUGAUAUGGAGAAGAAGCAGAAUGCCUCUAGUACUGUUGAAAGUCGAGUAGUAGUAAAGACCUCCACAAACACCCCUCUCCAAAACAGCUCUUCUUCAAGUGAGAAAGUGUUAAAGAUAAACCAGAACUUAUCACUUGCAAAAGCUCCAUCGCCUUCUACAAAGCUUUCUCUUCAGGUCUCGAAAUCCAGACCAGUGAGUCCCCUUAAGGAGAAAUCGUUGAAUCAAACUCAUUCUUCAGCAGCUUCUCCAAUGCCAAACAAGGUGUCUGCAGGACGUGCAGGUGUAGGUUCAAAAACUAACAGAAGACGAACUCAUAGUGGAUUCAAAGAUGCAGCCUCACAGAAGCGAUGGAUGUAGUAGGUAUGAUGUCCAAUGUAUUGUCCAUGAGUUAAAAAAAUCUAAUGAAGAAGAAGAACUGACGGUCCCUAAAGUGCAGAAUCCUUGGUGAUGUAUUAAAGAAGCAAAGAUGAUCUAGAGCAGAAGGCACAUAUAUAUGUAGAAUUUGGAAUUUGUAAUAAUAAUAAUUUGAUAAUGCUACAUCACAGAAGAAUGUGUUCUUGUUUAAUAGUAACUUGGUAAGCUGUGGUAAACUGUGCACUCAUAAGAGUAUAAGGCCAUCUUUAUUAGUGGUAAAUCUGGUGAUAUAUAUUAUAUAUACUUGCUCUUUGGCGUAAUUAGCAUGCAUAUAAAUUAUAGAGUUAGUGCGUGUCAAAAAAAAAUUAUAGAGUUAGUGAGUCUAGUUACCCAUCCCCUAACAACGGAUCAUAAUCUUCCGUUUUUAACCAUCAACGAAGAAA